GCCAGUGGCAGAGAUGCCCUUCUCAGUGCGCUUCGGCGUCACUGGGAGUGUUCUGGCCCUGGGUUUCGUCAUGAUCUUUAUAUCGCCUUUCGAUGAGGUGCCACUUUUCCGCGAGCCUUGCUACCCCAUCUUCACGAAGGGCUUGCUGUCGCCAUUUACGGGUCUGCUUAUCCUGGGCCUAUGUAACGAGGCAGACCCCCUGGCCAGACUUGCAGCAAGAGGCUCGCUAUACUGGGUCGGCAAGCUCUCCCUCUCCAUGUUCUUGCUGGCACUGCCUGUCCACAUUGUCGUCGAGUCAGUGUCCGGCUUCCCUGGCCUUAGCUUGACGUUUCUUGGGAGCCUGCUAGCUGCGUCAGUGGUGGGGCACUUCUUGAUUGAGAUCCCCUCGCGAAAGUUUGCUGAUAUCCUCUCCCGCACGAUGGCGCAGAGG